AAAUUGAAAGACAAUAAAAUUUUGAACAACAUUAAUUUUCUCAAACUCCAAACUCAAUCCAAAAAAACAUCAUGGAUUUUGUGACUCUGUUCUUGCCUUUUUUCCUUGUGAAGCUUGUUCUGAAAUUAAAGUAUCCCAAUUCCAUGAUUACAAGUCGUCUCUUCCAAGCAACAUUCCACUACUACCAUCCCUAAUCCAUUUCUCUUCCACCUUUUUUCCUUUCUCACACUCUUUUUCUUCUCACGCUCACUUCUAUACUCAUUUCCAUUCUUCUACCACACUUCUUCAAUGUAAGUAUAUAUUUACACAUGCAAAGCUUAGAAUUUUGAAACAUGGGCACACUCAAAUUACAUAAGAAAAGUUCCCUUUUUUGAAAAACCAUUUUGGAAUAAUGGGUAUGAGGAAUUUUUCAUUUUUGAAUCAUUGAUGUGAAAAAAGUUUUAAUUUUGAUUCAUGGGUAUGAAUAAAUUUUGAAUUUUGAAUUGUGGGUAUGAAUAAAUUUUCGAUUUUGAAUCGUGGGUAUGGAGAAAGUUUCAAUUUUGAGUUGUGGGUAUUGAAUCUUAAACGAUGACAGGGUUAACAGUGAAACCCCCACCUCAAAUGCAAUCAUUUGGAAUUUUGCUCCGUGAACCACCGCAAAAUGAGGUCACCAACGGUGAAAACCACCGGAACCCAUCACCGGUGAUGAAGAAAACAAUCAAAAAGACACUGAUCAUGGAUGAAUCAUCGCUAGAAAACCCUGAUUUGGGUCCGUUUCUUCUGAAGAUGGCACGAGAUACCAUAGCUUCUGGUGAGAAUCCAGGUAAGGCUUUGGAUUAUGCAAUUCGGGCAUCCAAAUCCUUUGAACGGGUUUCGGGUCAGGGUGUGGAUCUUGCCACGUGUCUGCAUGUUGUUGCUGCGAUUUAUUGUAGUUUGGGGAAGUUGGAUGAGGCUAUUGAGGAAUUGGAACGGUCAAUUCUGUUGUUGGAUGUUGAAAAUGGGUCGGGUCAUGGUAUGGUGAAAUUUUCUGGGUAUAUGCAACUUGGUGAUACUUAUUCUAUGACUGGACGGUUGGAUAGAUCCAUUUUGUGUUAUGAGUCGGGUUUGAAGAUCCAAAUGGGUAUUUUGGGUAAGUCUGACCCGAGAGUUGCAGAAACAUGCAGAUACUUAGCUGAAGCUCAUGUUCAAGCCAUGCAAUUCGACGACGCGGAGCACUUCUGCAAGAAGACACUUGAAAUUCAUAAGGAGCAUUGCUCACCCGCUUCCCUCACCGAAGCAGCUGACAGGCGUCUCAUGGCCCUUAUCUGCGAAGCAAAGGGAGAUUACGAACCAGCACUCGAGCAUCUUGUCCUAGCCAGCAUGUCAAUGAUUGCUAAUGGACAGGAUAACGAGGUUGCAGCUAUUGAUGUUAGCAUCGGGGAUAUUUACUUGUCGCUGUGUCGUUUUGACGAAGCCGUUUUCUCCUAUCAGAAAGCACUGACAGUGUUCAAAUCCACCAAGGGUGAAAACCACAGUUCUGUUGCCUUAGUGUUCAUCCGUCUCGCGGAUCUUUACUUCAAGACUGGGAAAUUAAGAGAGUCAACGUCUUAUUGUGAAAACGCAUUGAGAAUAUAUAGUAAGCCCUUGCCUGGAAUAACCACCGGAGAGAUUGCGAGUGGCUUGACCGAAAUCUCGGCAAUCUACGAAGCUCUAAACGAACCCGAGGACGCGUUGAAGCUCUUGCAGAAGGCGGUGAAACUAUUAGACGGUAUCCCCGGACAAUAUAGGACAGUUGCGGGAAUAGAAGCUCAAAUGGGAGUACUGUUCUACAUGGUCGGGCGGAAUGUGGAAGCUUGGAAAUCUUUUGAUAACGCUGUCAUCAAGCUGAGAGCCGGCGGGGAGAGGAAAUCUGCGUUUUUCGGAUUCGUGUUGAACCAGAUGGGCUUGGUGUGUGUUCAACUCUAUAAAAUAGAAGAAGCUGCUACACAUUUUGAAGAAGCUAGAGAGAUACUGGAGAGGGAAUGUGGAAACUAUCAUUUGGACACUCUUGGAGUGUAUAGCAACCUAGCUGCAACUUAUGAUGCAUUAGGAAGAGUUGAAGAUGCGAUUCGAAUAUUGGAAUACAUACUGAAAAUGCGAGAAGAAAAACUUGGAACUGCGAAUCCAGAUGUUGAUGAAGAAAAGAAAAGACUGUUUGAGCUUUUGAAAGAAGCGGGAAGAGUUCGAAGUAGAAAGGGAAAAUCUCUCGAAAACCUUAUCGAUUCAAACUCGUUGAAGAUGAAGAAGGAAGGAAGAAGGAAAUGGGGUGCAUUUAGUUUUAGAACUUAAGAGAUGUUUUUGUUCUUACAACAAAAAAUUGGUCUCUUUUGUUUUGCAUUUGUGAGAAUUUGUGAGGCUUUUUGUUUGAAGAUGCUUCCUUCUUCCUCAUAUAUUUUAAGAGAUGUCAUUGUUCUUACAACAAAAUUAUUAAGUGUGUGUUUGAAAAACUUGGACAGAAGUUACAAAUACCAGUUUCUCAGUUUA